UAAUGCCCUGUGAAUACGGGUGCUGGUGCUGAAAAAAUAUCGGAUAUCUAUAUAUUGAUUAUCGGGGUCAAAAAAUAUCGGCGAUAAUAUAUCGAUAUGUAUCGAUAUAAUAUCGGCUAUUAAAUAUAUCGGUGACUAUCGCACAUCUCAACUGACACUGACAGAUCACAGUAUAGUUUGGUUCAGUUUAGUUAUUAAAAACAUAUAAACAAAAAAAAUCAAAAACUGUAAAUAUUUAUUGCUUUGAUUAAUUCAAAAUGAGUAAAAAACGUCAUGGACUUUCUAAAGAAGAAAUAGCCAAACAGUUCAUGUUGCCAGAAAGAAAAAGUAAAAUAGCCACACUAUUAAAACAAGAUGGACAAGCGUAUUGCAUUUGCCGUAGUUCAGAUAGUUCAAGAUUUAUGAUUGGUUGUGACUCUUGUGAAGAAUGGUAUCAUGGUGAUUGCAUAAACAUUACUGAGCGUGAGGCUAAACAUAUAAAACAAUUCUUCUGUGUACGUUGUCGUGAAGAAGACCCAUCACUUGUUACUCGAUUCAAACAAAAAAAAAUUGAUCAGCCAGAACAAGAACGUAAAUAUAAAAAAUACAAGGAUAAAGAACAUGAGCUAAGGUACGAGUAUGAUGCACCAUAUGAUCCGACCAUAAUCAGAAAAACAUCGAAACGUUGUGGUGAAUGCAGUGGUUGUUUACGUAUAGAAAACUGUGGUAAAUGUGAUCAAUGUAAACGUUUGGAACAUUUGAAAGAACAAAAAGUAUCAUCAGCUAGAAUUAAGUUGCGUUGCAUACAAAGGACAUGCCGAUCUGUUGGUAUUCCGUUCAAACCAUCGAAAAAUAUUAACAGAGCUGAUAAGCCUGUUAAAAAAAGAAAACGCGAUUCAAGUAAUGAAAGACCUGAUCAUUUAGAAAUACCAAGGCAAUGUUAUGGUUCUGCUUGCGUUAAACAAUCGCGUGUUGGUUCAAAAUAUUGUUCAGAUGAGUGUGGUCUUAGACUUGCAACAAAUAGAAUUUACCACAUUUUACCAGUAAGACUUAAAGAGUGGGGUAUGACACCUUGUGUUGCUGAACAAAACAACAUUAAAGCACUUGAAAAUGUCCGGAAACUAAUGCACGAUGUCAAAAAAAUAUUACAUGACUUGGACAAAAGGCAUGUUGAACUUGACCGUAUUGUUGAGAAGGCAAAAGGUGAUAGCAUUGAUCCUCACUCAGAAACUGAUGAAAAUGAUGAUACCGAAAUGAGUAUGUAUUGCAUAACUUGUGGUCAUGAAGUACAUGCAAAAGCCGCAAUAAAACACAUGGAAAAAUGUUUCAACAAGUACGAGUCUCAGGCAUCAUUUGGAUCCAUAUUCAAAACAAGAAUUGAAGGUCAAGUGAUGUUUUGCGAUUUUUAUAAUCCGGUUAAUCGAACAUAUUGCAAACGACUUCGUGUACUUUGUCCAGAACAUUGUAAAGAUCCAAAAAUAUCAGAUAAUGAGGUUUGUGGUUGUCCGUUGGUUACAAAUGUAUUUGACCUUACUGGUAAAUAUUGUCGUGCACCAAAAAAAAGUUGUGUUAAACAUUAUGUCUGGGAAAAAUUACGUAGAGCUGAAAUUGAUAUGGAACGUGUAAGGCAAUGGCUUAAAAUGGAUGAAUUAGUUGAACAAGAAAAAAAUAUACGUGAUAAUAUGAAAAAUAGAGCUGGUGUACUUGGUUUGUUACUCCAUUCAACACAUAAUCACGUACUUGAACAACAGUUAGAGCUUAAACGAAAAGAAGCUGGUGCAUCUCAAGCUAACAAUUUUUCUCAACAAGUAAUUUAAUAAAAUAAGAUUCUAUAUUUAUCUGACUUCAUAUCAUUAUUUUUUACAUUAUUUUACACCUACAUUACUGAAGGUCUGUGCAUAGUUGCAUACAAAGAUUUUCACCAGCGUUACCCGACUGAUUUUUUUAGAUAUACAAAAUACUAAGGAUAAGCAGUAGCUGAGUAGUAGCUAAAGAACCAAUGAAACAGAAAAAUGAUGCUGGGUUAUCUUUUCCGUAGCUACGCUGGCCUUUAGUUUUCAAUUUAUUGAUUUUAUUACAAAUCCUAGGAGCUGAAUGGCUCAGCCGCAGUAUUGUAUUAUAUAAACAAAAAAAGUUAUAAAAACUUACGAAUUAAUCGACAUAGAGUCUUCGUUAUAGGCUUGAACGAAGCGUCUCAAAAAACUCUAUCGCCAGCAUAAUAAGUUUUUUUUUCUAUCUAUAAUAGUUUUUGAGAAAAAAAAAAAAGUAGAAAUUUUGAAUAAAUAUUUUCGCUUUAGAGAAAUUGCGUCUAAACUGUCCAUCGCUAAGUAUUUUGCACCGGAGGUUUUUUAUUCGUGAAACUUUUUUCUAUGAAACUAUAGUGCUCUCAAAUUACUGUGUAGUUAACUAAAAAUAUCACAUACGUUUUUAUGUGGAAUUUUGAAAGUUCUAAAAAACGGCGUAAUAAUAAACUCAACGUAGAACUGAGAUAAAGACUUUGUAUUAGACUCAUAUAAUA